CUUUAUCAUCGGGAUAUCAAAAUGUCUUCAUAUGCCAUCACCGGAGCCUCCAAGGGCAUUGGCCGCGAGUUCGUGCGUCAACUUGCUGCCAAUCCGGCCAACACGGUUCUGGCUAUUGUCCGAAACCCUGAAUCGCCCGACAUCUCUGAGCUCGCCUCUAAUCACCCUAACGUGCACGUUAUCAAAGGCGAUGUGACGGACCCCAAGUCAGUUCUCGAGGCUGCCUCGGCCGCAGCCGCCGUCACUGGCGGUCAGCUAGACGUGCUUAUUCACAACUCCAACGCGGUUGAUAUGGCCACCAUGUCCCUCAACCCGACCCAAAUUCCCUUCGAUGCUCAAGCCAUAAGGGAAGCUUUCGACCCGUCAUUUAGUACGGCUAUUUACGGCGGCCUAUGGACGACAAACGCCUUCCUGCCUCUGAUUGAAAACGGCAUCCAGAAGAAAAUUGUGCACAUCUCCAGCGCCAUGGCGGAUGUGGAUUUGAUCAAGGCGGCGGGUGUCAGCAAUGCUGUCGCAUACUCUGUCGCAAAAGCCGGGAUGAAUGUUCAAGUCGCCAAGUACGCAGCAGAGUUUGCGCCUAGAGAGAUCAAGGUGUUGGCUUUGAGCCCUGGAUGGGUUGAUACAUGGGAGGGAGAGAAACCUUUUCCGGUAGUACAGGCGAACGAGUUUUUGCUGAAACUUUUCCAAGCAGCCGAGCCUGAACUCAAGGGGCAGAUUCAGCCUGAGGAAAGUGUUAGAAAGUGUCUCCAGGUGAUCGAGCGUCUGGAUGCUGAGAUUAGCGGCUUGCUUUUGAGUCAUAAUGGCGAUAGGAUCAGGUGGUUUUAGUGUCUGGACUCUGAU